AUGCCACAAACAGCACAAGCAACAGCCGACGACACAUCACCGCCGCGCAAGGCGUCUCCUGAGCCUUUGGAUGUCAAGAAGCCUGGGCUUCUCUCGCGACGACGGAUCUUGGGACCUGUCGACAAGGAGUAUGGAGAUGCCGCAUUGUUGGUGCACUCGUUUGUGACUGGUCUAAUUGAUGCGGCCUCGUUCGCCAACUGGGGUGUCUUUGUGGGAAUGCAGACUGGUAGGUGA